AUGGCCCCCACCGCUCUCCUCUCCUACCUCCUCGUCUUCUCCGCCAUCUCCGCCGCUUGCUUCGCCUCCGACCCCGACAUGCUCCAAGACGUCUGCGUCGCCGACACCUCCUCCGGGCCGAAAUUGAACGGCUUCCCCUGCAAGCCGGACACCAACGUUUCCGCCGCCGACUUCUUCUUCGCCGGAAUCGCCAACCCGGGGGUCGUCAACAACUCCGUCGGGUCCCUCGUCACCGCCGCCAACGUCGAGAAGGUCCCUGGGCUGAACACACUGGGCGUGUCCCUGUCCCGCAUCGACUACGCGCCGGAGGGCCUGAACCCGCCCCACACGCACCCACGCGCCACCGAGGUCGUGUUCGUUCUCGAGGGCGAGCUGGACGUCGGGUUCAUCACCACCUCCAACAAGCUGAUCUCGAAGUCGCUGAAGAAGGGCGAGGUGUUCGUUUUCCCCAGGGGGCUCGUCCACUUCCAGAAGAACAACGGGAAGAAGCCCGCGGCGGUGAUCGCCGCCUUCAACAGCCAGCUUCCCGGUACCCAGUCGAUCGCCGCCACUCUGUUCUCGGCGACUCCGGCGGUCCCCGACAAUGUCCUGACCAAGGCGUUCCAAGUCGGGACGAAAGAGAUCGAGAAGAUCAAGUCCAAGUUCGCGCCCAAGAAGGCGUAA